CAGUCCCGCAAUUUCGCGACACCGCUUCAGUGAACGACAUCUCAUCCCAUACUAUCGCGACCAUGCCGAUCCGAAUUGAAAGGUCCUCGCCCUUCGAUGACGGCGAGGAAUUGGUCGCAAUUGGAACGGCAGCUUUCGCAACCGAUGCCCUGCACCAGUCUGGGUUGCCACCAAACAUGACAGAAGCACAGAUGAAGCUGUUUCAAGAGUGGCGUGUGAGACUUGGACAGCAUCGUGCGGCAGCGCCUAAUCGACAUCAAUUCAAAGCCGUGGAUUCCGCGAGCGGAAAGAUUGUCGGGCUUUCAGCUUGGAAUGGUCCAACAUCGGAAGAGCAGCUUGACACAACGACCGAGCGCUAUCCCGGCAUUCCAGAAUUUGUAAACCUGGCGCAAUUUGAUCAUCUCAGUGCUGUAUUCGCAGAGGCCAGGAAGAAGGUUAUGGGAGAUCGAAGGGAUUACUGGUUUCUCGCAUCAAUGGCUGUGCAUCCUGACCACCAGGGGCGCGGAAUCGCCUCGCAACUCGUCUUGGAUGGCUUGAAGCUGGUUGACGCGGAUCGAGCAGAAUGUUAUUUAGAAUCCACGCCGUCUGGGAGGAGGGUAUAUGAGAAGGCCGGAUUUGUGGUAAAAGAUGAAAUUCCGCAACUCGAUGGCACGUAUGCCUUGGUGGUGAUGGUAAGGCCGGCGAAGGGCGCGUCCGCCAGUCAUGGGUCGAUAGCACAUUGAGCUAUGCUGAGUGAUUCUUCAUUAUGCCUGAA